GUGGUGUACGACUACACAACUGGACAGACCCAAGUCUUUUCUCUGAAGGCAAAAAACCCAUUCAAAAGAAACAGUUAAAUUGAAAUAUCUGAUUUCUUCAUGACUACAUUUUAAUGAAGCAAGCACUGACUCUACAUCCAGGUGACCAUGGCAAAUGUAUCAGCAGUGACGUCAUUCAUUUUGACGGCCUACACUGAACUGGAAGCUCACAGAUAUUUAUACUUCGCAGGUUUCCUUUUUUUGUACAUUGUGAUAUUAUUGGUCAAUUUAGUCCUUAUUGUAGUAAUAUUGUCUGAGAAAAGUCUGCAUGGACCUAUGUAUUUGUUUAUAUGUAACUUAUCAGUUAAUGGGGUGUGUGGUAGUACAUUUAUAUUACCAUCUGUGCUUAGCCAUUUGCUAUCUCAUAAUUAUGAAAUAUCUCUGUCCUUUUGUCUAUUACAGAUAUACUGCAUAUUCCUGUAUGGUAUAGUUGAAUUUACUAUUUUAGCACUGAUGAGCUAUGACCGUUAUGUUGCUAUCUGUCACCCGUUACACUAUCACCUCCUCAUGUCCCCUAGAAAGGUUACUGCAGCCAUUGUAUUAUCCUGGGUUGUUCCCUGUGUUUACUUUGCCCUUUAUUUAAUAUUAACAACUGUCCGAUUGUCAUUCUGUGACAGGUAUAUAGAAAAAAUGUAUUGUAUGAAUUUCGAAUUAGUUAAACUGUCUUGCCGUGAGACAAGCUUCAUACGAUUUUUAGGAGCAGUAUUACUUCUUGUUUGCCCUAGUCCUCAGAUCGUCAUGAUAUUAUUUUCCUAUGCAUGUAUACUAAGAGUAUGCCUGACUGCUUCUAAGGAAUCUCAAGCCAAAGGUAUUCAAACAUGCACCCCACACUUACUGUCUGUGAUUAAUCUUUCUGUGGGAUGCUUAUAUGAGGUCGUUCAGGGUCGUUUCAACAUGAGUCAUAUACCUCUUCAAGCUCGCAUAUUCCUUUCCCUACACACGAGCAUAGUUCCCCCAUUGUUUAAUCCUCUUGUUUAUGGAAUUAGCAUUCAAGCAAUUAAAGUUCAGAUUAUCAAAUUUCUUAGUAGUAAAAAAAGUGAAACCCACUAAUGGUGAUGAUUAAAAAAAUAUAUUCUCUUUCUGUUAUUUAAAUAUAGUUAGUAAAGCUGAACCUUGUAUCACAGUGUACUUUUUGUGACAGGAUCAUAGAAAGGGUGUAUUGUAUUAGCUUUGAAUUACUCAAACUGUCCUGUCUUGAAAUCUCUACUCAGACCAAUGUUGGCUUUGUUGUAACUAUUUUUUUAAUUGUUCCACAGCUGCUCAUGAUAUUAUUUUCCUAUGCACAAAUCCUCAGAAUCUGCCUGUUUGCUUCUAAGGAAUCUCAGACCAAAGCUAUGCAAACAUGCACCCCACACUUACUGUCUGUGAUUAAUUAUUCAGUAGGAUGUUUUUUUGAAAUUAUUUCAAAUUAUCUGACAUUAAGUCAUUUCAACACAGGUCAAGUACCAUAUAAAGCUCGCAUAUUCUUAUUCCUUUACUUCCUGAUCAUUCCCCCAUUGUUUAAUCCUGUCAUUUAUGGAGUUAGCAUUACAGCCAUAAGAGCUCAGAUUUUAAAACUCUUCACCACUAAAAAUAAGUUAAAUCCACGACAGGUGAGGAUGAAGUAGCCUCAUGCCUACUACUUUUACACAUUUUUAAGCCAAAUGCCUAAAUGAGCUAUAACAUUCUUUAUAGAUAAGCAAGCAUUGGUACAGAAAUGAUCACAUUUUAAUCAAAUGAUCAAAAAUAUCUUUCUAUUUUACAGGGAUAGGACUUAUUUGGGUAUUGGCCCAAUUGGGCAAGGGACAGAUCAAUAAGCUGGUCUUAACCAAUCACAUAGUGGCACUCCUUAUUGUCGAGCCCUGCAACCAUUGCCUUAUAAUGUAACACCACCUGAUACUCUGUAAAAUCAAUCAGGUUGUAGGAUGUUUUAAAUAAAACUUUACUUG